CCCGUUUGGAUCCUCUCGGCACCUGUAGUCAGGCUGGCCGUCCUGUUUGUUUUGGCUGUGUGUGGCUAGCGGCAUUUACUGUCAGGUCUAAAACCUGAUAAAAGCUGUGGCAUCAUGUCUUCCAAAAGUGAACUGAAAGCGGAGCUUGAAAGGAAGAAGCAGAAAUUGGCUCAAAUCAGAGAGGAGAAGAAAAUAAAGGAGGAAGAGCGCAGGAAGAAAGAGGCGGAUCAGCUAAAAGAUGCCGUCGUUCACCAGGAGGAUUCUGACCUAGAGAGAAAAAGACGUGAGACUGAGGCCUAUCUACAGAGCAUGGGCUUAGCGUCAGACAUUCCUGUUGCCCCUCCUCCCACGUCGCCAACAACCAAAUCUGCGGGUACUCCGAGUGAGGCGGGGAGCCAGGACUCUGAUGGAGCUGUGGGACCCAGGACUCUGCACUGGGACUCUGACCCGUCCACACUUCAACUUCACUCUGAUUCUGAGCUGGGGCGUGCAACUCCUAAACUGGGAAUGGCCAAAAUCACACAGGUGGACUUCCCGCCACGUGAAACUGUGUCCUACACAAAAGAGACCCAGACACCUGUCAUGACCCUGCUGAAAGAAGAAGAAGAAGAAGAGGAAGAAGCUGCUCCAGCUCAACCAGUGAUCGAGACUCAGACCGAGAAACUGGACCAAAAAGAAGAAGAGGAAGCACCUCCUCACGAGCUGACAGAGGAGGAAAAACUCCAGAUCCUCCACUCUGAGGAGUUUGUGAACUUCUUUGACCACAGCACUCGCAUCAUUGAGCGGGCUCUCUCAGAGCAUGUAGACCUCUUUUUUGACUACAGCGGCCGUGACCUGGAGGAGAAGGACGGUGAAAUCCAGGCCGGGGCCAAGCUCUCGCUCAACAGACAGUUCAUGGAUGAGCGCUGGUCCAAGCACCGUGUCGUCACCUGUCUGGACUGGUCUCCACAGUAUCCUGAACUCCUAGUCGCCUCGUACAACAACAACGAGGACGCUCCUCACGAGCCGGAUGGCGUGGCCUUGGUGUGGAACAUGAAGUACAAGAAGGCUACGCCGGAGUAUGUCUUCCACUGUCAGUCUGCUGUUAUGUCGGCUGCAUUUGCAAAGUUCCACCCUAACGUGGUGGUUGGGGGCACCUACUCCGGGCAGAUUGUUCUGUGGGACAACCGGAGCAACAAGAGGACCCCGGUACAGAGGACUCCCCUGUCAGCAGCAGCACAUACGCAUCCAGUGUACUGUGUGAACGUGGUCGGCACCCAGAAUGCCAACAACCUGAUCAGCAUCUCCACUGACGGAAAGAUGUGCUCAUGGAGCCUGGACAUGCUGUCCCAGCCACAGGACAGUAUGGAGCUGGUGUUCAAGCAGUCCAAAGCCGUAGCUGUCACCUCCAUGUCUUUCCCCCUCGGAGACGUCAACAAUUUCGUCGUGGGCAGCGAGGACGGCUCUGUCUACAUGUCAUGUCGUCAUGGAAGCAAAGCAGGCAUCAGUGAGAUGUUUGAGGGCCACCAGGGGCCCAUCACAGGGAUCUCCUGUCACACAGCUGCAGGUCCUCUGGACUUCUCCCAUCUGUUUGUGACUUCCUCUUUCGACUGGACUGUGAAGCUGUGGAGUACCAAGAACAACAAGCCACUCUACUCAUUCGAGGAUAACUCAGAUUAUGUGUAUGAUGUCAUGUGGUCGCCCACUCACCCCGCUCUGUUCGCCUGUGUGGACGGAGUCGGUCACCUCGACCUGUGGAACCUCAACAACGACACUGAGGUUCCUUCUGCCAGCGUGACAGUGGACGGUAACCCGGCCCUCAACAGGGUCAGGUGGGCUCAUUCAGGCAGAGAGAUCGCUGUGGGCGACUCUGAUGGUCGAGUUCUUGUGUACGAUGUUGGAGAGCAAACUGCGGUUCCAAAAAACGACGAGUGGACCCGCUUUGUUCGCACCCUGGCAGAGAUCAACGAGAACAGAGACGAUGCAGAGGAGCUAGCAGCUCAGCGUCUGGCUGCCUGAUCGGCUCAGCAUGUAGAAGAUGUUUAAGGGACCAGUGGUGCACUUAUUCUAAUCAGCCUCAUUUAGAGGGAAACGUGGUGACGUCACGACAGAGGAAACAGAUAAUCCCACAGAAGUACGGAUGUCUUUUUUUUCUUGGAUUUACAGAAGCUUCAGAGCCUCAGACACUAACAGGAAGCCAUAUUUGCUGCACAAGCUGGUCGUCCUUUCUCCAACCAGAUGCCUUAAACUUUCAUUUUAUCUCGACUGUAAAAUCCACCUUGUCUUCAUUUUGGGCAUUUAACACUGGCCUUAUUUUGAAUGUCAGUUUUGGUGCUUCACUCCA